AUGGAGGAGCGUUCUGGUCCUUAUGUGAGGUAUGCGGUGCACAAGGUAGUGACGACGUCGCCGAGGACUGAACUGUUUGGUGCCCGUUUUCGAAAUGAGCUCAACCGACACUUUAUCCUCAUAUCAAAUUUCCAUGAACUCCUCCGUUCCAAGAUCGAACAUGGUUCAUGCUCGAAGUGUCCCACAAAAUGUCAGGCUUGCAGUCAGUGCAACUUACGUCAGCAAGUAACAAAUGAGCUCUUGCCCCAGCGGAACCCGACCUCUGGACUUUGCCCAAAGCUGGAGACCUGCGUGCAGAAUUGUUUGGAAGCUGGCGACUUACCAAAGAUUCUUAAAUGCGUGGCUGAUCGAUGCAAUGUGCACUGUUACGAUGGGGAUUGCCCGUCGUGCAGAGGCAUGGCCAAGCGAAUGUUCACAAUCAUUUGCCAACAAACCGACAUGGUCAACCUCGACCAUAUUCAGUACACAGGAACUUGUCCACGACUCUUCAACGACAUGGCUGACGAGUAUGUUGCGGCACGAAGACGAGCGGCCGCUUGA